AUGAUUGAAAUUGGAGACAGGCUUUUUGUCGAUGGCCACACAUGUUCCGUCCUUUUCAUUGGAUACAUCCCAGCAUGGAAGGACAGUAGAGCGUUCGGGCUUGAGUGGGACGAACCUAAGCGAGGAAAACACAGCGGAUAUCUGAACGGAGUUGAAUACUUCAAAACACGGAUUCCCAACGCAGGUUCAUUUGUCAAAGAAUCCAAACUGCUAUAUGCUAUUCAGAGCAGAAAGUCUUUUGUUGAGGCUGUAAACAACGUUUAUUUAAGAGGGCUUGAAAACCGUGAGGACGUAUUUUUUGGCUUCAAGAAAGUUGAGCUGUUCGGGUUAAACGUUUUAGCUUCUAAGAACCAAGACCUUGAAAAUCUCAAGUAUCUGGAUCUUUCUGCGAAGCUCAUUGCCUCCAGCGGAGAAACCAAGGAUCUUCUUGCUCUCAAUUUCAGGUUUAAAAGUUUAACCCAGCUAAAUCUUUCCUCUAAUUUAUUCAAGGACUUCAGUGAGGUUUCAAGAGUGUUGAGUGGUAUACCACAUCUGCGUUCGCUAGACAUUAGCAAUAAUCGAUUCGAGGUUUAUUCAAAUGCUGCUGAUGCCGAGCAAGUUCAAUCUUUGGAAGAACUGAGAGCUAACUUUUGCCAACUAUCUACAGAGGGAAUUGCAAAUUUACUCUCUUACUUCCCCAACCUUAAGAGACUCGAGCUCAGCGGCAAUUGCGCCCGUGAGCUAGAUUCUAUCUCUUUCCCGGCGUCUCUGAGUGAGCUCAGCCUCGCGGAAAAUUGUUUGUCCACAAUGCCUCUGAAUAUUUUCGAAGCUAGCGUUGUCCGUUUAAAUGUUUCUUCAAACAAAAUAUACAGUUUACUGGGUGGUGUUUUUCCAAAAAUAGAGGCACUUGACCUGUCGUACUGCUGUAUUGACCGAUGGGAUUCAAUUGAUGAGAUUUGUACCAACUUCCCGAAUAUGAAGGAUUUCAGAAUUAACGGAAAUCCCCUCACUAUGGAUGAGAGUGAUGACAACGUAUUUCUACAACUCAUAGGCCGCAAUCGAAACAUUGAUCGUUUAAACGGAUCAUUCCUUACCGAGAAAGUUCGGUAUGAUGCUGAGAUCUAUUUUAUGGCACAAGUGUCCACUCAAAAUGCAACCAUCAACAAAGCCGGACGUCAAUGGAACUAUUUGCUGCAAAAGCACGGGCCUGUUAGCCGCGGGGGUGGGUCUAUAGGAUCGGGCACCAUCUUUGAAAUUCUGACUGUAGAUUUGGAGUUCGAAGGUUAUAAAGUCAGAGAGCUCUCUAUGCUGCCUAGCUAUUCUAUCCGGUUCCUCAAAACAACUAUAUCUAGAACUUUGUCAAUCCCCGCUUCCGAGUUUAAUUUAUAUUAUGUCCUGGAAGGCGGCACACAGCAAGAAUUCAGCUUUGAGUUUUCGCCCAUCAGUAUGUUUAACAUUAAAAGCGGGGACAGAAUAUGUGUAGACCUUAAAAACGCGAAACGCAGAUCUUCGGCUUCGUAG